AUGGUCAACGACUUAUUGAAUGGCAGCUCAUCUGAAGUGCUCGGUAAGCAGCGAGCCACCAUGAGCAUAGGUAUACCUUCUGUUCCGAAUCAGCUCGCGGGCCCCGUCUCCACUGCCAACAACAACAGACAGUCGACGUCUCAGCUCGGCCAGCCUCCGCAGAACGCGAUCUCGGACCCGAACCAACCGUGGGGACUGAACCCGCAGACAAACCAGGUACAACCGGCGUUCAUCAGCCAUUCGUUUGACCCAAAUCAUUUGGGGCCGAUGAACGGGUACUGGCCGCAACCGCCCCAACAUCCGGUGACCCAGCAACCCGUGGGCAACCUGCCGCUCAUACAGCAGAACCAAGGUCUGGCUUCGCUAGCAAACGCCCACUAUGAGCAACCGUCAAAUUCCUCGAGCAACCAAUUCGAUAGUGAGGAGGGUUGGGCGGAAGGCAUUGAGAGCUUAUUGCAAGGAUAA